CUUAUUUUCAGCUCGUCCUGUACUUAUUCGAGUGCAACACCAUAUCUACAAAAUGGCAGCACCAUCACCCGCAUUUCUUGCUUGUCUGGGGGACCCAUAUUGCGUUGGUUACAUCAAAGGUGCAGUGAAGGCAUCUGCGGAGGGAUACGGUGCUGCGUCAAUUAUUGUCGGCGCAGCAUUGCCGAUAGUGGUGGCGAAUGUUGCGAUAAGUAUCUCGCGCAUUAUACGGUCGAAAAGAAAUUACAGAGCGUACAUUCUUCUCGUUGGUUCUCUUGCAAUGGUGGUGACGGCUGCAGAGAUUGCGCAAAGUGUUUUGGUGUAUGAGGGGAAAACAAAGACUACCGUAUCGCUUGGGUUGGGAUUUUGGAUUAUUGGGCACCUUGCGCUUGUCAUUGCAGGAACCAUAAGGUUUUCUAUUCCUCUGACAAUGCACCGAUAUCAGCAAAUCUAUAUUGGCUUCUCGACCGUUAUGAUCGUUGCAUUUGGGAUAGCGCUCCUUACAGUGGGGCUAGGUGAAAUUAACACUUGGACAUUGCCGAGUUCUACUCCACAAGCGUUUUCUAAGAAGAUGGCAAUUCUCUGUCUGAUUUUGCCCAUAUAUUAUGGGUUCUCAGGAUUAGUGUGCUUUAGUUAUCAGCUGAACAGGUCGUUGAGAAAUGCUCCCAUCGCCCAUAGUCGCUCUGGUGUGGACAAAGUGGCGUCUCUAGAACUCGCAAACCACGUUAUGAUGGCUUUGACUCUCACUAUAGUCGCUGUUUACCUUGGAUGCUUUUCUAUUUUCAAAGCCGAUACCAAGCUGGAUUCGCCAACGGCUCUUCUCUUUAAUUGUCUCUUCAUCAUGUGCGAAAACGCUUUUGAAAGCAUCACUAAUGUUGUGCAUGAGGCAGCCGUAUCAUCACUGAGCCGAUCAAGCCUAAAACAACCGAAUUCGUAUCAAACGGCCGCUGAUGCCCCCGCGCCUGUUCCUGUUCCUGUUCGUGCUGCUUCAAAGUCGGCAGUAGAUGGUGCGCCGUCAAUAUCGCAUUCGCAAUCUGUAUGUUAAAUGAUGGUCUAUUUGAUAGGCGUAGAAUGGUAGAGUGCUGCUCAGAAGUGAACCACUGCAUGGUUCAAGAUACCCAAAUUCCCUUUGCAUUGUUCCUGCUAUAUAGGCAAUAGAUCUGCUG